GGGGGGGUGCAGAAUGCCUCCACCUGUCCCCCCCCCCCCUUUCGCAUACGCUGAUGGAGCAAGUAUGCUCACAUUUCCGUAUUUAUUUUAUCUCAAAUACUGUUAGUUAUAAUUUUCCUGUAAACUACAUAUUCCUCAAUGAAAACCUGUCAUAAUGAGUAAAAAUAGAUUUAGUACUUAAAAAAUGACGUGAUCAUUUAAACAUAUUACAUAAAGCAUUAGGUAGAGAUUAAUUAUCUUGUCACGAUAAAGCUGUGUGUUCACUGUGCUAAUAUAAUCCUCACUACAUUGCUAAAUUCGGUUAGCUGAAUAUUACUCAUCAUUACAUGUGGGUUUUCCUUUUGUAAAAAACAAUGUAUGACACAGGGUUAAUAGCAUACCAAACGACGAUGAAGGACGAUGACACACCCCUGCAUGAGGCUUGCUCUGCUGGCCAUCUCGACAUUGUUACGAUGCUGUCGAGAAAUUAUGGAGCCGACAUCAACGCCAAAAAUUUGAAUGGCGAAACCCCGCUCCAUCACGCUUGCAAGGAGAACCAUCAAAUAGUGGCGGAGUUUUUGUUCGAAGAACGUGCUGACAUUCGUGCCAAGAACAAUGAAAAGCUCACGCCCCUCCAGGUCGCGACCAAUUCCGGUAGCUUCGACACCAUCAUCGGUCUACUCGGUCGUAUUCGUAGGUCGGAAUUUAGCGUGACUACGGGUGAUACUAUUCGUGACGCGGCCUCGGAUCUCCUCAAGUGGGCAGCUACGGAAAACAAAGCAAAUACACUCCAGCUUCUUCUUCAUCACGGGGUUAUGCUCCAUUGGGUCAAUGAUGAAGAAAUCAGCGAAUUCAUUCUCGAUGCCGCCAAGAAAGGACACACAGAAACGGUAGCGGCAUUGAUUCGAUGGAAGCGAAGUGAAGUCGUUGAUAAGUGCGAUGACGUGGGUAACACACCGCUCCACUAUGCCUCUGAGGCUGGACAUGACCAGACCGUUCAGGAGCUCAUCAAGGCGAAGGCUACCGUCAAUGUUACCAACUCUGAUGAUGCAUACAAGCGGUCUCCUUUGCACCUUGCAGCAGCCAAUGGCUGGAUAAGGACAGUCAAGCAGUUACUCAAAGCUAAUGCACGGGUUGAUAAAACAGACUUGGACGAGAUAACACCUUUGCAUCUAGCCUGCAAGAAAGGUCACAUCGAUAUGGUGAAGCUUCUCGUCUGCGAGGAGAAAGUCGACAUUGUACUGCGUGACAAGCAGGGACUCAACUGCCUCGACUAUGCCAUCGACAACGGGCACGAGAACAUUGCCGAUUUUAUUUUAAGUCACGAUAAAUGGCGAGAAGUAAUGUCUGUAUCCAUACUGGAUGAUGAUACGUAUGAAAGGACUACACCCAUGAGAAAACUCAUCAAAAACAUGCCAGAUAUUGCUAAGCGAGUCAUGGAUAGGUGUAUUACAGUAUCGUCAGAAGCAGGGCCCACGGACAGUGAAUUUUGGGUUCAGUUUGACUACGAGUUCCUCGAGGAUUCCUUCUCCAAUUGGGAUAGGCCGAAGGAUUCCGAUGAUGAUGAGGACAACGACGAUGACGAGCAUAAGACAGAAGAGACUAUAUUCACCAUCACACCUAAAGGGCAAUCUACGUCGGACAGCGAGCUACAUUUCACUAUAGAAGGCAAUACCGUCAAACAGAGUCAACUCAAGUCCAAGAAAAUCCCUGAGACUCCAAAGGCGCCGACGGGAGACCAGUAUGAUGCCAAAGGGCAUUUGGAGAAGAGCGCGAGGCCAUAUACGACCAGUUCGAAAGCCAUUGCUGCUAACCAUCCUCUUAAUAUUAUGGUUAAUGUCAUAAUUAUAUUCCUGAACUCCAAUAAAAGAAAUGUUAUUUGAUAUAACGUCUUU